UUUGUACGGAUGGAUCUAUGACCUCUAAAAGGAUUUCAAUAAUAAGAAAACAAAAUGAUUUACACAUUUACGAAAUUAUAAUGAAUUAUGUUAGAUAAAGAAAAAGAAAAAAAUACUUUUUACUCCUUUUUGUAAAACAUAUAAAAUGGCUGAUUACAAAGUGGUAACUUCUGAUUUCCUUAAUGUGCAAAUAUCUACUUCUAAGGAUGAUUUUAUUCACAAUGAACGAAGAUUUACUAAAGACAUCACCGUUCGAGACUUAAAAGCAAAAUUGGAACUAAUGACCGGCGCCAGUUGCAACACAAUGCAAAUAGAAGCUUAUGAUAAAGAUAACAAACUGGUGUGUAAAUUAGCUGAUGAAGAUGCACUUUUGGGCUCAUAUCCAAUUGAUAAUGGCAUGCGUUUACAUGUAGUAGAUAGUUUUGUAAUAAGAAAUGAAUUGGACUUUGGAAAUGUUGAAAAAUAUGAAAUUGAUCCUGAGUUAUAUGCCAAAAGGCCAGAUACUGUCAGGGCAUUCCUUGUUAAGAACAAAUUAGGACAAUAUAAUGAAGAAUACAGAAGGAAAAAGGAGAAACUAGAAGAGGAAGAAAAAAAAUUAGUAGAAUCAGUUAUUUUGGGAUCUCGUUGUAAAGUAUCUGUUCCUAAUGCCCCAACACGUCUAGGGACGGUCACAUACAAAGGCACAAUUGAAGGCAUGAAUGGCAACUGGAUAGGUGUUAAGUAUGACGAACCUUUAGGCAAAAAUGAUGGAUCAUAUAAGGGCAAAAGGUAUUUUGAUUGCCCUCCUAAUUACGGGGCUUUCGUUAAGCCUCAGCAUAUACUUUGUGGUGACUUUCCAGAAGAAAAUUAUGACUUACAAGAAGAAAUAUAAUAUAGAAUCUCUGUCAUGAAGGUAAUUAAUGCUAUUAUUUAUUGUUAUUCCGAUUCUGUUGCAAUUUUUAAAUUGGAAGUGUUUAUUAAUUAUAUUAAUAUUAUACCCUAAAAAACGCUAAAUACAAUAUACAAUUAUACAC